UUAGGAUGGCUCCAAAAAUUGAUUAGGAUUCUGAUUUAUCCAAGACUCGAAUCGUCAUUCGUCCGGCAGUCUUUAAGUCUUCUCAACUAUUGGUAACGCUUUGCACGCAUACCGUACGGUACCGGUAUCAUACGAUAACCGUAUGGGCGCGGUACAUGUACAGUACCGGUACGGAAACAGAGCCUCCGAAGGAUGCGCCGCAUUGACAAUGAGACAGCGAACAGAAACCAAACCUCUCAACUCCUCAUGGCUAAGUAUCAUGCUUGUCCAACGGCCUAAGUACCUUGCUACGGAGGAUCCAAAACACACUCAAGUCAGACCACUCACCAUACCGGUAGUCCACUCUAACCCAUAGUAACUUUGUCAAUCCAAGCCAACUCGGCUCGACUCCAACCGGCACAACACAUGUAAGUGAGCCCAGACCGUUAGCAUUUUCUCACUUUUCUUCUUCGUGUGCUUUGGUACCAGACCUCUUCUUGCUGCCGGUACCGUGCUGUCUAGCUAGCUAACUUACUAGAACGACGAAAGAAACCAUGGGAUUUGAAAGUUUUCUCACGCGACGCCUCUUGCUAGCAACGCUGUGGUUGUUCCGGAGUGCCUUGGCCCACAGAAAGGACGAACCCAUAUUAUCGGUACGAGGAAAACGACAACGUCGACUGAGCGAAGAAAAGUACGCGUGGAUUCAAAUUGGUGAUUCCAUCAUAGGGGAAGCAGUCGAUGACAACUCGGGCCAUUCCGUGGCGAUCAACCGCGUCGGAGACAGCGUUGCCGUUGGGGCGAGAGUGGCUGACGGUCCGAUCGAAGAUACUGUCAAUGCAGGUCACGUGCGGGUUUUCGUGGAAGAUGCGAAUGGAGCAUGGAUCCAAAAAGGCUCCGACAUUGAUGGAGAGGCCGAAGCAGACCGAUCCGGAUACGAAGUUGCCAUGAAUGCAAAUGGUAACAUUCUCGGCAUUUCGGCACGGUUCAAUGACAACAGCAAUGGGCAAGACAGCGGCCAUGUCCGGGUAUUUAUCUAUGAUAGUACAAUCACACAGGAUUGGGUACAAAUGGGACAAGAUCUGGAUGGCGCUGGAACUUCGGAAUGGCUUGAGUCCGUUGCCUUGAGUGAGGAUGGACUCCGUGUGGCUAUUGGAGCGUCCAGGCAUCCUUUGGGAUCCUUUCACGGUGAGGUUCAAGUGUUUGAUUAUGACUUUACGUCAGAGCUCUGGGUGCAAGCAGGACAAGAUCUAGGCGGUCUCAAUGUUGGUGACCGAUUUGGAGGAACCAUUGCCCUCAGUGAUAGUGGAGGCUUCCUCGCCGUUGGAGGGUACGGGGCCGAUUGUAGCGAUGAUAUCAAUGACAACUGUGGUCAUGCCGAGGUUUUUGAAUACAUCACAGCCGAUGAUGAAUGGGUUCAGAUGGGAUCCACACUCUACGGCGGAGAUAAAAGUGACUACUUUGGAACGGACCUUGCAUUGAGUGGGGAUGGAACAAUCCUGGCAGUUGGGGCGAAACGUCACUUGAGCUUUACUGGAAAGGUACAAGUCUUUCGAUUUGAUUCCACCACUUCUGAUUGGGUCACGAUGGGACAACACAUCGUUGGUGAAGCCACCAAUGAUCUAUCCGGAACAGCCUUGUCGCUGUCGACAGAUGGCACCAAGUUAGCCAUUGGUGCAUGGUCCAACGAUUCUCCCUUUGGCACCAAUUCGGGGCAUGUGAGGGUAUUCGAGUACCUGUCUGCCGCUGAUCGAUGGGAGCAAGUAGGAGCUGACAUUGAUGGUAAAGAUAGUACCGAUGGAUUUGGUUGGUCCGUUGCAAUGAAUGGAGAUGGCUCCCGAAUCGUUGCUGGGGCCCCCGAUCGACCUGGUGAGGACGACUCCUACAAAGGAGCCGUACGAGUGUUUGAGUACGCGAAAGUCACCGAGGCACCGUCGGUAUCACCAACGACUGCACCCUCAGCGGCGCCCUCAAACUCUCCAUCUGUCCAACCGAGCCGAACGCCAUCCCUGAAGCCUACGAAUCCACCCAUACCGGCCCUUCCGACGGUACUGCGAGUACAAGAAACAACAGUAAUGCCUUCGCCAAUGCCAUCCCAAGUCCCAUUGGAAGAAUGUUGGGUCAACAUUGGAAGGUUCUUCACGGAUGUGACCGAAUGGAUUGUCGGGCUUCAGGCUGCCGUCAGUGAUGAUUUUGGAAAGCUGGGAGUCUAGCAUCUGGGUGACCACGGCUGGCUUGCUGAUCAAACAUUCAAGAACAAGAAGUCAACAAUUAGCUUAGUUAGAUGCUGCAGAGAAUUUAAAGGAUUGCAGCAGCAUUAGAGCUCGCGUCAGGCAUGAGGUCUUAUCCAGAAGACAGAAGAAUUACACUGCAAAUGUUGGGCCAUGUUUAGAAGUCAAGAAGGCAAAAUAACGUUUCCAAGCAAGCACUUCAUGUCAUUAGCAGCCUUUUGCAGCCAGAGUACAGGUUAGAGUAAUCAGCCAACGAGGCGAGCAAACUGCAUCAAUAGGAUAGAAUUUGAUCAAUCAGGGUCUGGAAAGUGAUGUAGCUGACUAGUCCUCUGGCGACUAUCUAAAUAAAUGGUCAAGGAGAGAGGGGGGCUAACCUGGGCACAGUUUGGCCACAUGUGGUUGAAUAAGGCAUGCGGUGAGCAGGAAAAGAAGGGGGAUAAUAGGGCGAUUAGUAACUGGUAGGAGGGGAAGGGAUUAGAAGCAGGAGGGGGCAGAAGGUGCCAGGAAAGUGGGCAUGAGGGAUCAAAUUUGAUGGAAUAGUGCAAGUGCUCAUCCACAUCCCAAAUAGAGCAGUAGAAGCUCAUGGUGCCACAGGGAGACCAGAGCCAGACAAGGAGAGCCUUGAUGAGGUAGGUGUCGGACUAUCAUAGCUAGCUAGAACACUGGCAAAGGCUGACCAUGAGCCUGUCAGACCAACGCUUUGGCAAGGACGAGAUGGAAGUAUGCAGCUCAACUGGCUGCUUAGUUAAGCACAGCUUUAAGGUCGUACCGGUAAAGAUACUUAAGCAAC